UCUGCGCCGUUUGCUGAACCGUGUCUAUGCCGGAUGCUAGCAAAACAGACUGGCUGUGCUGCACGCUGCUGCUCGUCAACAACCUAACCGGCGAUAAUGAGAAUGGCGACUAGCUGUGGCUGAUAAAACCUCGACCACAAGAGAGCCUCUCUUUGUUCAUGGCUUAAGCUAGCUAAGCUAAUGACCCCGAGAAGUGCUUUUGUGAUCUCCUUUGAGUCUUUCUUCAAACCCGCUGCUCAGUCAGGAGAAGUUUGUGUGUGUGUGUCUGCAAUGGACAACAGCCCCAUUUAUGUUCGAGAAAGAGGCAACCUCCGUCGUGUGGGUGACAUCAUUCUGGCACAACCAAAACCACUGCCAUCCUCAUCCUCCUCCUCGUCGUCAUGCAGGAGGACGAAUCCGUUUGUGCUGAGAAAGGAGCACUUCGUCUUCACCUACAACGAGGAAGGCAGCCUGAGAUACACCACUAAGUCCCUCUUUGACAUCGCUCUGCUGUUCGUCGCUGACAACAUCCACCACGUGGACUCUCUGGUUGACUUCCCAGAGCAGAUAGGCGACAGGCUUUUUGUGGCCGCAGAGGAGAGCCGUGUGUUUUUAAACCCCGACGUUUCCCAGAAAGCCUUGAAGUUGUUCAGCGAUGCAUACGGAGACCUGGUGCUCGGAUCACUCUGUCUAAGAAACAGGUUUCCACUCCUGCAUGAGCGGAUCACUGAGAUAAAAACCUUUCACAGUUUGAAGUCUCUGGAUUUGUUCGGCUGCAGACUAGGAGAUGAUCACGAGCUGUUCCGGCAUCUCACAUCCACGUCACUGGCGAGCCUGACUCAGCUGUUCAUUGGAGGCAACAACCUGUCAGAUGCCGGCCUGCAAAGACUGACCGCGCCUGUCCGGAUAAUGCACAAAGGGCUGGACUCUCUGGAGCUCCUGGACGUUUCCUGCAAUCCCGUCUCAGAAAGGGCUCUGAGAUACCUCAAAUGCCUCCCAAAGCUGGUGAAGCUUGAUGCGUCUGGGACCAACAUGAAGCUCGGCACAGCUUUGAAGACAGCCGUGUGGAACCUGUUGGGGCUGAUUCAUUCCGAGAAACCUCUGAACACCUUCGAUCACUCGGGGUGUAAAACAGAAGGUUGGGCAGAACAGGUUGUAAAUCAGUGGGAAACGAGUGGCUGCCAGAUGCCUAAACAGAAAAAAAUGGAAGAGUCAAGGGCCUCGGCUCUUCGCUUUUUUGGCAGGCAGAAGUUUGUCAGAGAGGUACUGAAUGCGUCACCCCUGAUUGACGGGAAGGAGGCCAACAUGGAGAAACUACAUUUCUACAAACCUACAGCAAGCGAUCGUCUGAGAGGGAACAUGGAUUCAUCCACAGCCGAAUGCCUCCAAAUUAAGAAUCCCGCCUCUUGUAUUAGAAAGAGAACGCUAGAGUCAAGCACGUGCGAUGCCUCUUCUGAAAGCCCUCCGACCAAAACAAAAUGCUCAUCAUUAGUUUUCACUGCAGAGGACACAGACCUGUUGAACAGCUACUAAAAAAUGGAAUGUGUCCGGGCAGCAUUCCAUAAUAAAAAAAAAAACAAUAUGGGAGCAGCAGUCAACAUGUAGCAUUCACAAGAUCCAUUUUGCAGUCUACUUACUUUUGGGAAAGAUGUGUAUGUUUUCACUUUUUUUAAAAUGAAUAAAAAUUUUGUAUUUUG